GACAGAAAUCAUCGUCUCGACACGCCUCUUCGUCACAUAAGCUUUAUGAACAGCGAGCUAGCGUAACAUGCUUUCCGCCGCUCCCACCGUCCUUAAACGCACCCGUGUCGAACAUUGCGUGAGGUUGAUCCACUCUUCUUGUUUGCUCAAAAUGCCGAUUAAGGUGGGUGAGUCUCUUCCUGCGGUGGAAGUCCAAGAGGGCAAGCCAGAAACUAAGGUGGCAAUGGAUCAACUCUUUAAGGGGAAGAAAGGCGUCCUCUUUGCUGUACCUGGAGCUUUCACCCCUGGUUGCUCCAAGACUCACCUCCCAGGUUUUGUGCAGCAGGCAGCGGACUUGAAGAGUAAAGGCAUCCAGGAGGUGGCCUGUGUGUCUGUGAAUGAUGCUUUUGUUAUGGCUGCCUGGGGAAAGGAGCAUGGAGCAGAUGGCAAGGUUCGAAUGCUGGCUGAUCCAACUGGAGCAUUUACAAAGGCUGUGGACUUGGUACUUGACAGUGAUCAGAUUGUGCAGGUGCUUGGAAACAAGAGAUCAAAGAGAUAUGCUAUGCUGGUGGAGGAUGGAGUCGUGAAGAAGAUCAACGUGGAGCCCGACGGCACCGGGCUGACCUGCAGCCUGGCACCCAGUAUCAUGUCCGAACUUUAGACUUGUUUACAACUUGUCGAGCAAACUGUAAACGUUGCACUAACUGGUCCAGAUCUGUUACAAUGUUUCUUCCUCAUCCCAAAGAGCACCACACAUUUUACAUGAGUGCUAGUUCUAAAAUGGUCAUUAAUGCGCACAAAUAUGACAGGAAAGACAAUAAAAAAAUCUAAUAUGC